AUGGCCAAUGUCACCGAGUCGGUUAAUGUGAGUUUUUUUUCGGCUCUGAGACGUUUAACGAUGCUUUACAAAAGGCGAAAAAAGCAUAGAGUAAACUGAAAAUUUCUCAAGGUACGACGCUCAGGUGGUGGUAAAAUUUGAUCUCCUUACUACGCUUUUUCAAAAUUUUUUUUCUGAAAUCGGAGUCUUUCACUUGGAAAUGGAGGUAUUUUGCCACAUUUCUGAUACUUCCGCGAUGCAAAUGCGGAAAGCGGUAAAAAAACUCUUUUUGGUUAUAGCUUUGUCAGUUUCAUGCGGGAAAAUUGAAUUAUUACUCUCUACAGUGGAAAUCGGUACGUAACAUUUCAAAAUUUUCAAAAAAAAUGUCACAUUUUUGUCAACCUUUGACCUAAAAAUCUCGGUUCUUCCUGCAAAGCGCGAGCUAGAGCUUUGGCUCGUGUCUAAAGAAAGAUUACUCUAAAUCUGCGCCAAUUUUCUUCAAAAUCUGAGCGUAACUCUUGGAAAACUUUCCCUAUAAACCUCUUUUUAAUUCAUGAAAUUUUCAGAAUCGUCUCCGGAACUAUGAACGAGACUUGGAGAAGCAUCUUCGCUCUGUGGUCCUUCAAUUGGAAGAGCAGCUGCGGAAUUCGGUAAGCUUGAAUCUAGAAAAAAAGUCCAUGCACUUUAUGAAAAUACUAGUUGUAAGAUGACAGGAAGCCAACCGCUUUUCCAGGAGAGGACUCUAAAACAGUCGAAAGCGGAGAACUCUGCCCUCACAGCGGAUGAAGAGCCCAUUCGCAAGGAGAUCAAGAAGCUGCAGAAAGAUGUUGGAACCAAUCAAGAAGCUGGGAAAAGGGUCUACGAGAAGGCCGAGAACGAUGAAAUGGCGAAAAGGAAAGCCGAUGAACGGCUGAAAGAGCUGCGAGAGGACUUGCAGGACGAGAUUUUGAAAGGUAAACUUGGUGUAAAAUACGAGAGAAGAUGGCCGGGAGUAUAGUCAUCAUUUUUACUUACAUUUAAAAAUUUUUUUUUUUUUUUUUUUUUGGGAAGUGCCCCAAAUUGGGAAAACCGCAGAUUUUGAUGAAACCUGGGACAAAUUUCAAUUCUAGCUCGCAUUUUCCAUAAAACGACCGAGAUUUUUAGCCCAAAGUUCGAAAAAAUGUGAAUUUUUUUUUGCAAAUUUUGCCAUGAAAAAAUGCAUGCCUAUUUCUACCGUAUAGGGUAAUGUUUCCACAAAAAAUCAAUUUUUUCCGCGCGAAACUGGCAAAGAUAUGGCCAAAAAAGGGGUUUUUUCUCUGACCGCUCUCCAUAUUUUUCGAACCCUCUCGGCGUCAAAUGAUCGUUGAAUAUCUAGGUUAGUCCUGCAAAGCGCGAGCUAAAACUUUCAGAAAUUUAUGUGUAAUAUAUAUUUAAUUUGUGUGCGAAAUUUCAAGAAAAUCUAAGCGUCGCACUUGAGAUAAGUGUCCUAGUCAUCAAUUGGCUAACAAGGGAAGUACCCCAAGUGCGACGCUCAGAUUUUCUUUAAAUUUUGAACAGACAUCUGGCAUGAACUAAAUAACAAUUCCUGAAAGUUUUAGCUCGCGCUUUUCAGGCGCCACCGAGAUAUUGAACGAUCUUUGCCGCCGAGAGAGCACGCUAAACGUGGAGAGCGGUCAGAGGGAAAACCGCUUUUUGGCCAUAACUUUGGCAGUUUCGUGCGGAAAAAAUUUAUUUUUUGUGGAAACAUUACUCUCUAUGGUAGAAAUAGGCGCGAAGCUUUUCGUGCCGAAAUUCGGCAAAAAGUGUCAAAUUUUCACCCACUUUCGAUCUAAAAAUCUCGGUUGUUUCUGCAAAGCGCGAGCUAGGAUUCUCGCAUAUAUCUUGGCAAAAAUUAUUGUAAAUUUGUGCCAAGUUUCAUCAAAAUCUGAGCGUCGCACUUGGGGUACUUCCCCUGUAAGAUUGAUGAUUCGGUUCGAAGUUUGAGCGGUCUACAGUUGGGGAAGUAUCCAAAAAACAACCAACUGCAUUUUAAAGAUAAAUACAGUGGCGGACCUCAUCCGGUGGCGACAAACGUACCAUUUUGCAUCCAAGAAGCAUCAAAAAAUGUGGCAAAAUACCUCUCUCUCCAAGUGAAAAAUCUUCGAUUUCAAAAGCGCACUCGCUUUUUUUGUGAGGAUAAAUUCAAAAACCUUCAAAACGAAAUUUUUUCACUUGGAGGGAAGCAUUUUGCCACAUUUUUGAUACUUCCCGGCUGCAAAAUGGUUCGUUUUUUGCCACUGGAUCAGGCCCCGACUGUUACAGAAGCGCUCUUCUUAUAAAGAUUGUUGAAAAUCUCGGCUCUCCCGGCUAAGCGCGAGCUAAAACUUUGAGGAAUUGAUAUGUAAUAUAUCUUCAAUUUGUGUACGAAAUUUCAAGAAAAUAUCAUCUUUGUAACACUGGAAUUUAGGCCUUUCAAAUUCAAAAAAAAUCUCGUUUUUUCAGAGAAAGACCUCCGCUUCAACCUCGAUGAAGUGAACCAUCAAAUCAACCUGGUCCAAAACCAGCUGGACAGCAUUGCGUGGCCGGAGAAGAGCGAUGUGAAGAUGAUGAAGACCAUCCUGAACAAGGCCUCCACGGAUGUGAAGGGAAUGGAGAAGGAGAAACGAAUCCAGGACGCCUACAUUGAGCGGCUUCGCAGGGACAUUGAGAUUGCGGAAAAUGAGCUGGAACAGUUGGCCGUUACCGUAAGACAUUUGAAAUUGUAAGCCAUUUUUGUUUUGUUUUUUGAAAUUUUGAAAAAAAUCAUCAAUUUUUUUUCUCAGCGAGCGUGACAACGAGAAAGACGAAUUUUCUCGUCUCCAAUCAAAAUUGGAGACUUUCCAAUCUGGCACGCUCCGCCUGGAGGAUCAUUUCGGGAAGUUGAUGAAGUCGCUGCAAGACAACCGCAACAAAGUUCAGCUCUUGGACAAGAGGAAACGGUCAGUGUAAAAACACUCUAAAUAUCAUCAAACCGAAUGAUUUCAGAGAUUUGUCGAGGAAUACCUUCGCCAACAAACAGAACGAUGUGGCGUAUUUGGCGUCGAAAAGAGGCGCUGAGUUGCAACGGCGAAUCGCAAGAUUGGCCGAGAUCCGAGAGAAACAAGAGGUAAGAGUCGUAGAAAAAGCAAUUUUUUUGAACCCGUAACAGGUUUUAAAGUCUUUAAAGUCGAUUCCCAUCGAUAUUUUAGAGCCAAUGGAUUUUCAAAUUCCCGCCAUUUUUGGCAUUCUGUUCUGGACGUCGCUUCGGCUUCAGGAAACUCUAAAAAGCGUUUCCAACAGAUUUUGAAGCCCUUAAGGUGGAUUCCCAUCAGUUUUCGUCGUAUUUUAGAUGGUGAAACAGAAUGCCAAAAGUGGCGAGAAUUUAGACUUUUUGAAUUUUCAUUUGCUUUUUAGGGUCAAAAAAUAGUUUUUUUACGUUCGGAUGUUGAUCAAACUUGUCUCAAAUUUAUAUUUUACAAUAUUCUGGCAUUUUUGGAUAAGGUGACGUUUUAUACGAAAAAUGAAUUUGUCGUAUAAAAUGUCACUCAAACUCAGUUUGUAAAAAACCACGUUAAGAUUAUUGAGUAUCAGCCAGAAAAUUUUUCAUUGUCAACUUUCUGCCAAUUUUUCGUUAGGUGACAUUUUAUACGAAAAAUAUUUUUCAUCGUAUAAAAUGUCGCUCUGGUUAAAAAUCAAUAAGAAUGACUUAGAAACCGUAAAAGUUUUAAGUUUUUCCUCUGCAUAAAGGCGACAUUUUGUACUCAAAACCUUUCAGCAACGCAUUAUCAAGCGAACGGCGACCAAUAAUCACCUUCGGACCGUGGUCAACCAACUGAAACAAAAGCACUUGGUAUUGGUCGAGAGGGACCUGGAAGAGGCCAGGAAGCAGAACAAAACAUUGAAACGAGUGAGUUAUCAUUCAAUUUACCGCGGUAUCAGUCUGUCGGGAAAAUAAUGACCACUUUGUCGAUCAAAAAUCGGGUCGCUGAAAGGCAAUUUGAUUUUUUUCUCGGCGGUGUGAUUUUUGAUGCGAUAAAACGCUUAUUAUUUUCCCGACAGACUGGUAAUUACAGUAAAAUUUUAAUUUUAGCAAUGCUCCCAAACCGAAGCCGAACACAACCAAGUGCGGAGUACGAAACAAACCUCUCUGACGCCCAACGACGUUCAGACAGUGUCGGCGCAUUUCGAAGAAAUCGAAAAGCUGCUUUUCUAUAACGAAUUCAAAUUGAAGGCGUAUACGGACGUCCUCAACGAACUGAACGAACUGCUGAAGCGGCGGAAAGAGUCGGUAAGAAGGACAGUUAAUUUUUGCUUAUUUACUACUCGCUAAAAGUCGGAUUUUGAUCAAACUUGGGUCAAAUGAACCUUUAAAGAGUCUUUUACUAUUCUCUGGCAUUUUUUGGACAAGGUGACAUUUUAUACGAAAAAUGAUUUUUGUCGUAUAAAAUGUCACCAAGUUCAGUUAGUAAAAAAACCACAUUAAAAUCGUGCGGUGUCAACCUAAAAGGCUCGCUUUUUCAAUUUUCUGCCAAUUUGGACAAGGUGACAUUUUAUACGAAAAGUGAUUUUAUUCGUAUAAAAUGUCACGCAAGGCCAGUUUGUAAAAAAAACCACAUUAAAGUCGUGCGGAUAUCAACCUAAAAGGCUACCUUUGUCAAUUUUCUGCCAAUUUGGACAAGGUGACAUUUUAUACGAAAAGUAACUUUCGUCGUAUAAAAUGUCACCCAAGGCCAGUUUGUAAAAAAACUACUUUAAAAUCGUGCGGUAUCAACUCAAUAUGCUCGCUUUUUCAAUUUUCUGCCAAUUUGGACAUGGUGACAUUUUAUACGAGAAUUAACUUUUGUCGUAUAAAAUGUCGCCCGGUGUCAGUUUAUAAAAAAUCACAUCAAAAUCGUGUGGAUAUCAACCUAAAAGCCUCGCUUUUUCAAUUUUCUGCCAAUUUGGACAGGGUAACAUUUUAUACGAAAAGUGACUUUUGUCGUAUAAAAUGUCACCCGGUCUCAGUUUAUAAAAACUCACAUUAAAAUCCUGCGGAGAUCAACCUGAAAGGCCCGCUUUUUCAAUUUUCUGCCAAAUUGGACAAGGUGACAUUUUAUACGAAAAAUGACUUUUGUCGUAUAAAAUGUCACCCAAGGCCAGUUUGUAAGAAACCACUUUAAAAUCGUGCGGAUAUCAACCUAAAAAGCUCGUUUUUUGCAAUUUUCUGCCAAUCUGGACAAGGGGACAUUUUAUACGAAAAGUGACUUUUGUCGUAUAAAAUGUCACCAAAUUUGAGUUUAUAAAAAACCAAAGUGACUUUUGUCGUAUAAAAUGUCACCCAAAUUUAGUUUGUAAAAAACUACAUUAAAAUCGUGCGGAUAUCAACCUAAAAAGCUCAGACUGCGUAUUUUACAUCUCGUAUGUGUAUUUUAAGGACAACUUGGCCGGCUCUUCUCUUCAUUUGAGCCGAGAGAGCGGACUCACCGUGAACGAGGGAAUGCGACGGUCCAAGUCCGAGAACUUGGAUGACGGUGUUUGGGGGAAGCACAAAAAGUAUAAAGGAAUUCGCGACUCGAUCACGGAACUGGUCCGCAAGAAGAUCGCCCUGGAAUAUCGGCGGAAACGAAUGGAGGAAAAGGUGGGUAAAAUGUGAAUGAAGAAAGAUACCAUGGUGAGUUUCAGAUAGUAGACCUACGAGUGCAACAUUCGCGGGUCAUGAAGGAUGCGGCAAUCUUGCAGAACGAACAAACGACGAUCGAGAAAAGUCAUGAUGAACGGAGAACAUGUGGGUUUUGUUUUCGUCAUCAGUUUGUCGGGAAAAUAAUGAACAAUGUCGCAUUUUGUAAACAGCUCGGGGAUAGAUCGCAUAUCAAUGCCUGAAAAUUUUAGCCCGCCCUUUGCAGGGAGAGCCGAGAUAUUCAACAAAGUUUGAGGGCCGAGAGAGUACGCAAAAUGCGGAGAGCGGUCAGAGAAAACACUUUUUUGCCGUAUCUUUGCUAGUUUCGUUCGGAAAAAGUUGAUUUUUUGUGGAAAAAUUACCCUAUACAGUAGAAAUAGGCAUGCAUUUUUUCGUAUCAAAAUUUGCAAAAAAAAAAAUUUCGAACUUUUGGGCUAGAAAUCUCGGUCAUUUCUGCAUAGCGUGAGCUAGAAGUUUCACAAAUGUUUUGGAAGAAAUUAUUCUAAGUUUAUGCCAAAUUUCAUCAAAAUUGGGUCGCAUAUUUGGCUUUUUCUUAAAAAUUUUUUUGAAUUUUUAAUGUUUCCUUCAAAAAAUCCCGAAAAAUUUCUGCAAAACGCGUUUCAAAAAUCUCCCAUAUGCCUUCACAAACUGCUUUUAUCUUUUCCCUACAUAUUCAUUAUAAUUUUCGACCAAAUUUCACCGCUUUUUCAGCCCGUCUCCAAGCCCAGUCUCAAUCGCAAGAGCUGCCGCAAGAGAACGGCCCCGAGGACUUGGUGAACAAACGCAUUCAGUUCGCCGAAUCCCGGCUGCUCGAGCUGAAUGAGGAGAACAAAAAGCUGGACGCGGAGCUGCGGACUGUUCUACAGUCCUGUCUGGAGUACCAGAAGAAGUUGGACGGGUUCGAGGCGGAGCAAAACUUGGCGGAGAAGCAUGCGGAGCAUUUGCAGGAGAUUCACAAACUCCAGAAAAGACAUCAAAGCCUGGAAAAGCAACUGUGGAAGGCGCAGAAGGUGAGGUUCGGGAUUUUCUUAAAUUUGGGGUAUUUUGAAAAUUUAAGGUUUAAAAUUCCCGCCAAAUUUUGGCAUUGUGUUUAAGGGGCCGGAAAAGCGGAAAAGUUAUUAAAUUUGACUACUGGGUAUCUCUACUAAGCUUUUUAGCGCAUUUUCCAGCCAAUGGGAUAUUUUGGAAAUUAAAGAUUUCAAAUUCCCGCCAAUUUUGGCAUUGUGUUUAAGGGGCCGUAAAAGCGGAAAAGUUGUUAAAUUUGACUUCUGGGUAUCUCUACUAAGCUGUUUAGUGUAUUCUACAGCCUCUGGGUUAUUUUUCAAACUUGAAAUCUCAAAUUCCCGCCAAUUUUGGCAUUGUGUGUAAGGGGCCAUAAAAUUGAAAAAGAUAGGCACACUGCGUAGCAAAUAUGUUCAAACAGUCAUUCCGGAGCUGAGUCAUCCAUUAUGACGUCCGUCAAAAUUUGAAAUUCCGGUUUCCCGCCAUUUUUGGCAUUGUGUUUUAAAAGUCUGUGAAACUGAAAAGUGAUUAAAUUUGAGUAGUGUGCAUCUUCACUAAGGUUUUAGUGUAUUUUACAGCUACUGGGUUAUUUUUCAAACUUGAAAUUUCAAAUUCCCGCCAUUUUUGGCAUUCUAUUCUGGACGUCGCUUAGGCUUCAAAAAACUCUAAAGACCUUUCCCAACCAAUUUUAAAGCCUUUAAAAUCAAUUCCCAUCAUUCUAUGUCGUAUUUCAGACCUUGAAACGGAAUGCCAAAAAUGGCGGGAAAUUUAAUUUUUUGAAUUUUUAACUGCUUUUUGGGGCAAAAAAUGAUUCAUAAAGGUUGUUUCAUAAGGUUAAUGAAUAUAAAAAAUUUCAGGACAUGGAAUUUGCUGUGAUGCGUCGAGAUUACGCGGUAAAUCGGGCGCGCACCGUGCUCGGAACGCACAACGAGAUCCGCGUCCAGCGACAGAGCAAAAUCGAAAAACUCCGAACCGAAUUGGAGGAAAUGGAACACCAAUUGCGCAUUGCCAAUAGUCUAUAG